AUGGCAUUUACAGGAACUUUGGAUAAAUGCAAGGCUUGUAACAAGACUGUUUACGUGGUUGACAUGAUGUCUCUUGAAGGAGUGCCUUACCAUAAAUCCUGCUUCAAAUGCAGCCAUUGCAAAGGAACUCUCUCGAUGAGCAGCUACUCCUGGAUGGAUGGAGUCCUCUACUGCAAGCCUCAUUUUGAGCAGCUUUUCAAGGAAUCUGGAAAUUUUAGUAAGAAUUUCCAGACAGCAAAGUCUUCUGAGAGACAGAAUGAUCAACUGGCAAGGGCCCCCAGCAAGCUCUCUUCCUUGUUCUCUGGAACCCAAGACAAAUGUGCCACUUGCUCAAAAACUGUUUAUCCUCUGGAGAAGGUCUCACUGGAAGGAGAGUGUUACCAUAAGUCAUGCUUCAGGUGUGCUCAUGGAGGGUGUCCUCUUACACACUCAUCCUAUGCUGCUCUUGAUGGAGUGCUCUACUGCAAGCACCACUUUCAGCAGCUCUUCAUGGAGAAGGGCAACUACAGCCAUGUCCUCAAAGCGGCUGCUAACAAGAAAAACGCCACUCCACCACCCGAGACAGCUGAUCAGUCAUCGUAACCGGCGGUUUCCGACAUCUAGGCACAAUUAAGGCUAAUCUUAAAUGA